AUUUCUAACUGGAAUUCUUUUUUUCUUCUUCUCCUUCUUCUUUUUAAAUUAAAGAGUCGUUUCCCGGGCUCGAUGAACAGGUCGAAAACUUUGCGGAAACAUGUGUGAGGAUGCUCCCGGCUCCGUCGGCGUGGCGCGCCUCCGCUGUGUGUGGUGUCAAAAACCGCGGGAGAAGCCGAGACGCGAGGACGCGCGUGAUCAUCGGUGACAUGAGCGGCGGUCGGAUCCGCGCGGCUGGUUGAUGGCACUGCGCGCCGGCGCGUCCUGCAUCGGCCACGUCUUGCGCAGAGUGCCGCGCUUGCACGGCGCGCGUUCGCGGCGCUCCAGCAGCCUGCUGUGCCUGUCCCUGAGCCACGAGCGCGACCUCGACUGCAAGCGCCCGUGCCCAAGCUUCCCCGACUGCCCCUGUCACCACUGCCCGUGCCCGUGCCCGUGCCCGUGCCGCCGCCGCCGCGCACUCCCGGCGGAUCCGCGGGGACAUGAGCCCCACGCGGGCUGGCUCCGGGGCGCCAUGAAGCGGCAGAACGUGCGGACCCUGUCCCUGAUCGUCUGCACGUUCACCUACCUGCUGGUCGGCGCCGCCGUCUUCGACGCGCUCGAGUCGGACUUCGAGAUGCGCGAGAAGGAGCAGCUGCAGGCCGAGGAGAAGCGGCUGCAGGGCAAGUACAACAUCAGCGAGGACGACUACCGAAAACUCGAGACCAUCAUCAUGGAGGCCGAGCCGCACCGGGCCGGCGUGCAGUGGAAAUUCGCCGGAUCGUUUUACUUCGCCAUCACCGUCAUCACCACCAUCGGUUAUGGCCACGCUGCUCCAGGUACCGAUGCAGGGAAGGCGUUCUGCAUGUUCUAUGCGGUUCUGGGAAUCCCCCUGACUCUCGUGAUGUUCCAGAGCCUGGGUGAGCGAAUGAACACCUUCGUCAAGUACCUGCUGAAGCGCAUCAAGAAGUGCUGCGGGAUGCGCAUCACGGACGUCUCCAUGGAGAACAUGGUGACAGUUGGGUUCUUCUCGUGCAUGGGAACUCUGUGCAUUGGGGCCGCGGCUUUCUCGCACUACGAGGACUGGAGCUUCUUCCAAUCUUACUACUACUGCUUCAUCACACUCACCACUAUCGGAUUUGGUGAUUUCGUGGCACUGCAGAAGAACCGUGCUCUGCAGAAAAAGCCUCUGUAUGUAGCCUUCAGCUUUAUGUACAUCCUGGUGGGGCUGACGGUCAUUGGCGCCUUCCUCAACUUGGUGGUGCUGCGCUUCCUCACCAUGAACAGCGAGGACGAGCGGCGGGACGCCGAGGAACGGGCCUCGCUUGCCGGAAACAGGAGCAGCGUCAUCGUCCACGUCCAGGAAGACGCCGUGUCCGGCAGGAUGCACCGAAGGAGGCGGGAUCGAGAUCAGUACAGAUCAGAGGUCGCAGAUUUGCAGUCGGUGUGCUCAUGCAUGCAUUAUCACUCGCACGAUUUCGGCAGCUCCGCCAUGCUGGCGGGAGAGGGCGGAGGAAGAGGGGGGCUGGGGUUGGGAGGAAGGCCGUUCGCGCACCAGAACUCCUUCACAUGCCAGCCGAGAUACUUCCACUCGCCGGUGACGUACCACAUCGAGGAGAUUUCACCGAGCGCACUGAAGAACAGCUUCCUGCCCUCCCCUAUCAGCUCCGUUUCACCCGGCUUGCACAGCUUCACGGACAAUUCGCGCCUGAUGAGGCGACGCAAGUCCGUCUGAACAGGAAAUCUCCCCAGGGCAUCGGGCCCCGCCCACACACUCUUCCUGAUUUUCAAUAACCAGGGUAUUUAUUCUGAAAACACACACAAUAAAGCUGCUCCUUAACCAAAAUCUAUUUUUUUUCCCCACUUUUUUUUUUUUCUUCCCAGGAUGAGAUGUCUGCCCCAGGCUAAUAUGUUAUUAUAAAUUAUGGGGAGCGUAAAUAAGGGAUGAAAUGCGAUAAAACUCAAUGAGUCUCUUAAUAAAGGAUGAAAAGCAUGAAGCAUGGAAUUUUUUUCCCUUCAGAAACUCGUUUAUCUGUACACUCCACAUUAGCGGGCUGCUGUUUUGCCCUUUUUUUCGAGCAACUCCACGAAUCCCAGGCUUGAAUUUUAUGGCCGGAUCUUCUUAUCACCAGACGAUGCACACUUGAGCUUCAGCUACAAUACAGAGGGGGAGAUUAUUUUUUACAGGGAGAAAAAAAAUAUUAAGUUUUAUCUCUGGAGAUGUCUUCAGGUUGAGGGGAAUCUCAAGUGCCACACACUACUGAAUGAGAAAAAAAAAAAUUAUUCGGACUUUCGGGACUUACUUUUAAGGACCAUUUUCUUUUUCUAUUAUAUUUAGAAAGCUAUGACGAUAAGAAGCUGAUUUAUAUAAAAGGAAAUGCCAUGCCAAAAUAUUAUUGUCGAUCCUAGC